AUGGCACUGCAUAAUUCAGGCCAAUUGGUCCUGUCGGUGCCGGAAGACAUACCUCCAUGGACUGGCAUGUGUCAUGACGCGGAAGGCUGGGGUCCUUUCUCGCCAUUACGUGAACCAGACUUUACACCAUGCUUUGAAGACUCGGUGAUUAUGUUGGCACCAUCCGCCUUUUUGCUGAUCGCUGGAGCUGCAAGACUAUGGAUCCUCGCUAAACGCGAUUCAUUCCCUACCGAUAUGACACGCAAUUGGCUUUAUUUUGCAACCUUGAUUCUCUUACUAUUUACAUCCACUGCAAGCUUGGUGGUACGUGCUAUGGACGAUGAGGAUUGGAUUCAAAAUGCACAAGUAUUGGCUCAAGGUUUCAACGUGUUUAUUCUGUUAUUUGCUACCGGUAUGCAUCAUCUCGAGUACACCCGCAAUCGCAUUGCAUCAGCCGUCUUGUUGUUCUAUUGGUUGUUUGUCCUCUUUGCCAAUGCCAUCAAGUUACGCACAUUGCUUAUGAUGCAUCAGCUUGAGGUUGAUCCCACGCAGUUUAUCUUGUUUGCUGUAUCCGCCACCCUUGGUGCUAUCAUGUUUGUGCUCGAGAAUGUGCAUCGUCCAAAGAGCCAAUACGUUAUGCUUGAGGAGGAUGAGCACGAGUGCCCAGAACCAAACACAAACAUUUUCGGCCGUCUCACGUUUUCAUGGAUGACACCUUUGAUGCGCCUUGGUUACCAAAAGCCACUGAUCAUGGAUGACCUUUGGAACUUGAAGGAGGAUGAUCAAUCUGCUGUCAUUGGUGAUAUCUUUCAGAAGGCAUGGGAUCGUGAAGCGAAAAAGACCAAAAACCCAUCAUUGCUUCGAGUUCUCAUCAAGACUGUUGGUGGCCCAUUCCUCUUUGCUGCUUUCUUCAAAGGUCUUCAAGACAUCCUCCAAUUUACCCAGCCUAUGCUGUUGAGCGCAUUGAUCACGUGGGUGGCCCAAUAUAGCGAAUCGGAUGGCCAAGGUGUACCUGCAUACCGUGGUGUGCUUAUUGCACUUGGCAUGUUCUUUACUGCAGUCAUCCAAACAAUGGUUCUUCACCAAUACUUCCAUCGAUGCUUUACUACUGGUAUGCGUCUUCGUGCAGCUCUUGUUACAGCCAUCUAUCGCAAGACAUUGGUUUUGAGUAAUGGUAGUCGCCAGCAAUCCACUGUUGGUGAGAUCGUGAAUCACAUGAGCGUUGACGCACAACGAUUGAUGGAUCUCUGCACCUAUUUCCAUAUUGCUUGGAGUGGUCCCUUCCAGAUUGUGAUCGCCUUGAUCUUGCUAUGGAGAACUAUGGGUCCCAGUAUUUGGGCUGGUGUGGCCAUCCUUGUUCUUGCUGUACCUCUCAAUACAUAUCUCGCAAAGAAGAUGCGUACGCUCCAAAAGCGACAAAUGGGUAACAAGGAUGCAAGAGUGAAGCUUAUGAAUGAGAUUCUCAAUGGUAUCAAGGUCAUCAAGUUGUAUGCUUGGGAGAAUCCUUUUAUGGAGAAGAUCUCUUUCAUCAGAAAUGACUUGGAAUUGGCAACACUCAAAAAGAUCGGUGUAUUGACAGCCAGCCAAAAUUUCACUUGGUCCUCGAUUCCAUUCUUUGUGUCACUGACAACAUUUGCUGUCUUUAUCGCAACGACUGAUACGCCAUUGACCAGUGAAAUCGCUUUUGUCGCCAUUUCUUUGUUCACCUUACUCCAAUUCCCAUUGUCCGUUUUCCCCAACGUUAUCACCUCCAUGAUUGAAGCAUCCGUAUCGCUCUACCGUAUCGAAGGUUACUUGUGCUCGGAAGAAUUGGAUCCUAAUGCCGUGACUCGGGUGGAUUAUCGUACAUUGCGCAAUUGGUCUCCCAAGGUUCCUUUGGUUGAAAUUGACAAUGGCACUUUCAAGUGGUCUGACAAUGAUCGUGAACCCGUAUUGGAUGAUAUCAACCUCGAAGUCAAGAAGGGCGAAGUUACUGCUGUUGUGGGCCGUGUUGGUGCUGGCAAGUCAUCCCUUAUCAGCUCGCUUCUCGGUGACAUGGUCAAGCAAAAUGGUAACGUGACAUUGCGGGGAUCUGUUGCCUAUGUGCCACAACAACCAUGGGUGAUGAAUGCAACAUUGCGUGACAAUAUUGUCUUUGGUCAUCGAUGGGAUCCCGAAUUUUAUGAUCGUGUACUUGAGGCAUGCUCUCUUAAGAGUGAUAUCGCUAUUCUCUCAGCUGGUGAUCAAACCGAAAUUGGUGAACGUGGUAUCAACUUGUCAGGUGGUCAAAAGGCUCGUGUUUCACUUGCUCGUGCCAUUUACGCUCGUGCCGAUAUUUAUCUCUUGGAUGAUCCUCUCAGCGCUGUGGAUGCCCAUGUUGGCAAGCAUAUCUUUGAGCAUGUGAUUGGUCCUGAUGGUCUCUUGAGGAACAAGGCUCGUGUUUUGGUGACCCAUGGCAUUGCAUACUUACACAAGGUUGACAACGUGGUGAUGUUACGUGAAGGCAAGGUUAUCUUGAAUGGACCCUUCGAUGAAUUGAUGAAUCAGCGCUCCGAGCUUUAUGCAUUGAUUACCGAAUUCAGCAAUCAACGCAGUGCCAGCAACAGCGAUGACGACACUGAAGAAACCUUUGAUGCAUUGGCUGAGGAAUCACUUGCUACCCCAGCUGGUCAAUGUGAGGAGGAAGCUACCUUCAAUCGGGAACAGGAAUAUGCUCGUCGUGAACGUCUUAGCAGCACUAGCAGCGAACUUAGCGUCAAAACUUUACGCCGUGCAUCGAUGGCAUCCCUUAGCAAGCAAGCUCGAAAGGUGCAAAGCGAUGGCAAAGACCGCUUGAUGACUGUUGAGGAGACUGCCAAGGGUAGCGUCAGCAACCAGGUCUAUAAGGAAUAUAUGAAAUCAUGCUCAUUCGCUGGUGUUGUGAUGGUACUCGGUUUCCAAAUUCUUGCACAAGCCGCUCAAGUUGGUACCAACGUCUGGCUCAAGCACUGGAGCAGCAACAAUCAACGUGAUCAAGCCAACAACAAUGUUUGGUUGUACCUUGGCAUUUAUGCAGCCAUUGGUUGGUCCUCGGCUAUCUUUACUGUGGGACAAACUUUGGCAUUAUGGGUACUUUGUGCCAUUCGCUCUGCACGUAUUCUUCAUUCCAACAUGCUCAACACUGUAAUCCAUUCGCCCAUGUCGUUCUUUGAUACUACACCACUUGGUCGUAUUCUCAACCGUUUCAGCAAGGAUCAACACACAGUGGAUGAAGUUUUGCCACGUGCAUUCCAAUCUUACUUUAGAGUGCUCUUCUCGGUUAUUGCCACCAUUUGUGUCAUCGCCUUUUCCACGCCUUUCUUCUUGACAGUGAUCAUUCCUCUUGGUUUCAUCUACUUGUACAUUCAACGCUACUACCUCGCCACAUCUCGCGAAUUAAGACGUCUCGACUCGGUGGGCAAGAGUCCAAUUUACUCGCACUUCCAAGAAACCAUUGCUGGUGUCUCAACCAUUCGUGCCUAUGAGCAACAACGUCGCUUUGUCUUUGAGAAUGAAACUCGUUUGGAUGAUAACCAACGCGCCUAUUUCCCAUCCAUUUCAUGCAACCGUUGGCUUGCCGUCCGACUCGAGUUUAUGGGCUCUAUCAUCAUCUUUGGAGCUGCCAUCUUUGCUGUACUCGGUGUACUUUAUGGCUCUUCCUAUUUGGAUGCUGGUCUCGUUGGCUUGAGUGUCUCGUAUGCACUUAGUGUCACACAAGCAUUGAACUGGGUGAUUCGAUCGUACUGUGAAAUCGAGACCAACAUUGUCUCCCUUGAACGUGUGAAGGAGUAUAUCGAUCUUCCCACCGAAAAGUACGAGUCUGUGCGAAAUGUUGAUGCUGCAUGGCCUGAAAAGGGUGAGAUUGAAUUCCAUGAUUAUGGUGCUCGUUAUCGACCUGGAUUGGAUCUUGCUUUGCGUGAUUUGUCAAUGAAUGUAUCGCCCAAGGAAAAGAUUGGUAUUGUUGGUCGUACAGGUGCUGGCAAGAGUUCCAUGAGCUUGAGUUUGUUCCGUAUCAUUGAAGCUGCGGAAGGCAACAUCACCAUUGAUGGUGUAGAUAUUGCUUCGUUGCGUCUUUUCGAUCUUCGGUCUCGUCUUACUAUUAUUCCUCAAGACCCCGUACUCUUUGCAGGCUCCGUACGCGAGAACUUGGAUCCAUUUGGCACGGCAAGUGAUGCUGCUCUUUGGCAAGCUUUGGAAUUGGCACAUUUGAAGGAACACGUGUCUAAGAUGGAUGGCAAACUCAAUGCUGUCGUGUUGGAAGGUGGUGACAACUUCUCGGUUGGACAACGUCAACUCAUUUGUCUUGCUCGUGCAUUACUUCGUCGAUCGAAUAUUCUUAUCUUGGAUGAGGCCACUGCUGCUAUUGAUGUGGAAACGGAUGCUAUUAUCCAAGAAACGAUUCGCCGAGAAUUUGCUGAUUGUACCAUUUUGACGAUUGCUCAUCGUAUCAACACUGUCAUGGAUUCAGACCGUAUUUUGGUGCUUGAUAAGGGUCACAUUGCCGAGUUUGAUUCACCACAGCGUCUUGUCGAGGAUCAGAAUUCCAUCUUUUAUUCGAUGGCCCACGAGGCUGGUCUUGUAGAAUAG